GAAUCUGCAGAGGAAUCAAUCCGUGACUUCCGGUUACUGAUGCGGGAACUUCCGGUGCUUGGGACCCUAGGUGCACAGUAUAUGAGGAGCGCGGUUUCUGAUCUCAUCAGAGGCCCGGACUUCACUAGCUCUAUAGAAUGACUAAAGUGGAGAAGUCUGCACCUUUGUCUUGGUCAGAAUGCCUUUGCCCAAUUUGCCAGGAGAUUCUGCUGGAGCCGGUUACAAUGCUUUGCAAUCACACUUUGUGCAGCCCUUGUUUUCAGAUGACUGUGGAAAAAUCUAGCUUAUCCUGCCCCUUAUGUAGAAAACGUGUUUCAUCAUGGGCUCGAAAGCAUGCUCGUGCCAAUACCUUGGUGAAUAUGGCUCUUUGGGAGAGAAUUCAGAGACAGUACCCAAAGGAAUGCCAACGCCGGGUUAAUGGACAGGACACUGAGGACUUAGAUGAUGGGUUUGAGGCACGUCCUGUUCAACUUUUAUGCAAACCAGGUGAAAUAAGACUGGAAUAUGAAGCAGAGAUAAGCAAGAUUGAGAGAGAACGUUUGGCUCAAGAAGAGGCAGAGAGGAAGGCAAGUGAAGAGUAUAUCCAGAAGCUGCUUGCAGAUGAAGAGGAGCAACAGAGGAGGAUGGAAGCUAAGCAUAGACAGAUGGAAGAGCAGCUGAGACGAGAUGAGGAGCUAGCAAGAAUAAUCAGCAGUGAUCUAGUAAGUAUUAGAUUUCUGUCUCCAAAGCCUCGAAGAGAUCUGGAAGAUUUGAGUUCUGAACCCAUGAAUAAUAAUUUUCUGGAGACAGGUGUAAGUUUAGUGGGGGAUGAGGAGGAAAAUGAGAUGCCCACACUUACACCUCAAUCCCCUUUCUUCAGCCCACAUAGUCCAGAACAGGAAAGCAACAAUACCAUUGGUGCUCCAAUACUGACAGACUGUUCUGCAUUAGGAAGUUACCAUGGCAGCCAGACAGUUGGUAGAACAAUUGGAACCAAUUAUAAAAUGGGAGCAUAUAAUUUACAUACAAAUGAAAAUGUAGUAGUAGAGAAAAUGGACAGUAUGAUAAGGGACAUGAGCAAAGGUCAAGAAAACAUCUCCACCCCAAGUGCUUCCAGCUCACAUAGCCAUGAAACACAGAAUGUUUUGGGUAGCCCACCAAGAUUGCAUGCUGUAGUGGUGUCUAAACGAAAAUCCAAAGAUUGCUGCCUAGAUUCUGAGGAAGUAUUGGAAGAUUGCAGCAGUGAAAAGAAAAGGCGAAAACUACCUAUACUGGAGGACAUGGAGCAUAGUUUCCAUGCAGGACAGUUGAUGGAGCUUGAACAGAAUCUCUUUGAGAAAAGGAAACAGGAGGAAGAGGAUAGACUAUUUGCUCUGCAAUUACAGAGGGAAUUAGACAAGGAAUUUAAUCAAGUCAUUAGACAAAAGGGUUCUCCUGAUGAAUAUGAGCUGAGGCCCAAGAGAGGGAAUAAUGUAAAGGAUUAUUCAGCAUGCACACCAACAAAAAAGUCAGAGUCAAAGCCCAUUCCUUUUCAGGUCAAGGGAGAGGAAUCUCCAGAUGAAAACAAGAAACCUACUCCAAAACCCAGAAUAAGAUCUCUCCGUGUCUUGCAGCAAUGUAAAGUUUCAAAUGUUGAAGGGUCAUCAACUGAAAGGAUAAAAGUUCUGAGACCAAGCAACAAGCAGCAGACAAUCUUGGACCUUUUUCAAAAGCCAUCAGGAAACUGACUCUUCUGUUUUAUAACACCUUUGAAUUUAUUUUUGGGUGUCCUGUAUAGUUUGGAUUUAUGAACAAAAUACCUCCAUUUUUAGGAGAUUAGAUUGGGCAGCACUGGAUAUAUUUCAGAUCUUUUAGCUUUAACAAGGGCAUUUUAAGAAGAAAAAAAAAUUAAAUACAGAGAGAAAAUUAAGUGUUUAUUUUCUGAAUCUUGCACUGCUAUAUACUGUGUACAUGCAUUUUAUCAACACUUGUGGCAACACAAUGCAUUACAGAAAUAUGUAUAAUUUUUAGUUACAAAACAGGCAUAAACUAGACACCAUUCUCAUCUACUGGCCAUUUACAUGUAAUUUGUUUAACUGUACAUUUAUUAAUUUUUUUGCAGCUUUCACUAGUUGCAGAACCAAAGAUGAGUAUCUCAAAGUACUUCUGAUCAGUUGGGUCCCUGGGUAUAAGUAAAGCGUGCAAAUAGGUUUUACUUAUUUUCUUUCUGCAUGUUAAAUAUAAAAGAAAAUAAACAGGUUUUCUUUAUAUAUAAAUAAAGAUUCUUAAAAAUAUUA